AUGCCACCUUCCAAGCUGGUAAGGAAUGUUCAUCAGUGUGACCCCAAGCCACAGAGCUCUACAGCGAGCCCCCAACACAAGGCCCCAAGGGCUUCGCGCAGUACCAAUAUCUUCCCUGUCCCAAAGAGUGACCCCAUAUGUCGAACGUGGCCGAUGAUCUUGCGCACAAUUGUGCGCAAGAUGAACCACACCGGUGUAUGUAUGAUUACGUGCGUUCGUCGAGGAAGAAGUCCCGACCCUAGGGACAGUACAACCACUGUGUUAGUUAUUUGCAAUUCCGAGAAACCGCCCAGCCACCGAGAACACUCGAUUGUUAAGAUUCGGGAGCUCCUCGACAGCAACUACCUGUCGGGUGUAGCAGUCAACUUUGUACGGGGGGAUUUUGUCCGGGGAGCAUCCGGCCUCAACGCAGAAGAGCUCGACCGUCGAGCGAUACAGCUACCAUCUAUGCCCGGACAAAGCCUGGCACUGAAUAAUGCCUCGGGUUCUGGCACGCUUGGCGGGUUUUUGGAACUCAAGAUGCCCGGGGAAGCCAAGUACAGGACCAUGGCACUCACUUGCUUUCACUGCGUCAAUCCAAGAGAGACCGGGCUAGACCGUGCCCUCGUCAAGAGGCUCCGAGUGUGGCGUCAGGAAGGGAUCGCGCCAGACGACGAUAUGAGGACGGAACUUCAGGUCCAACACCCGAGUCGUACGGCUGUCAAAGAGAAGAUCAAAUCCCUGAAAGAUGCAAUCCAUGCGAUAGAAGAGAAUGAGGAAUAUGUCCAAUUCAGCGAAUUGGAGGGCGAUAUCGAAUCUAUCUGCGGCCGACAUGCGGCAAAAGCUUUCUCCAGAAUGACCAGUACCCUGUGCGAGCUGAAGGAAUUUUUCCAAGAUAUCGAGGCCUUCAAACAAGCGGACCGUGGGUAUUUCGGCCCCGUGUAUGCUGGCUCAGGCUUCAGAGAAACAUGUUCAACCACCCCAUCCAAUCUCGAUUGGGCGCUUAUUGAGACACCUGACGGGAAUUAUCUGAAAGACGCCCCCAUACCCGAAGAUCUUGAUGGCAUGCCGCUGUUCAUUCAUGGGCAGCGAUCUGGCUAUUGCAAAGGGAAAAAGGAUACCCUUGACACUGCCGUACUAUCGCACGAAAUUGAAGAUGGUACGACAAUUACCCGCACCACCUAUGAGCAUCCGAUUCGCCCACAGAGUGGUGUCCAGUUUUCACAAGCUGGGGACUCUGGCUCGUUCGUCUUCACCGAAUCGUAUGUGGUAGUGGGUAUGCUUUUUGCCGGCGGAAAUAGCCACAUGAUGUCCUUCUUCACGCCGAUUGGGGAUGUUUUGAACGAUAUCAAAACGAUCACCAAAGCUGUGGAUGUGCGGCUGAAGGUGAGGCCCGGUACUUCUUAG